AAAAUAACACUGGCUGUAAGUCACUUUUUGUAAGUGCAUCAUCUAAAUACACUAAAAAAAUUUAUUUCAAAGAAAGAAAGAGAAAACAAGAAAAAGAAAAUGUACAUAAUUAUAAAUAAGUGUAUUUCAUCUCUAUUACUGCAUGCAGGAAACAACUUCAUAUGCAAAAUGUAUUUAUUUGCAGCAAACCUACAUGUAAUAUCCAUAACCUGUCCGUUUGAAAGAGAAAAAAAACCCUUUUGGGUUAAAACUUGGUUUAAAAACCAGGUGCUUGAUUAGCAGCUGGUUAAUAUUCCUGUGCAGGUUUUCCGGGUGAGUUGUGUUGUCUUAGAUGUUGUUUGGCAGGGCUGCUGCUGUGUGUUGUAGGAGAUGAGAUCAGAGUUCAGGAAUGUGAUGUGAGCUCAGGACAGAUCGAGCAAGCAUUGUGUGGGGCUGAUAAGAGCCGGAGACCGUCCGCACACUCGUGCUCUUAUCUGCUCUGGAUGAGCUCAAGAGCUUCCCGGCGUUCCUGUUUCUUAAACAGGAUUUGGGUCGAGAUUCCAAUCUUCUCCUGUUUUGACCUAAAGCUGGAGGCAGGAAAGGGGUGUGAAGAGUUCAAGUGCAGGAGAGUUUAGAUGAAAAGCUCACAAAAACAUUUCCAUACAUCCUUAAAAAUAAAGGUUCUUUAUUGGCAUCUAUGGUUCUGUGAAGCACCUUUUAUAAUAGAGGUAACCUUUCCAGAAGCUUUAUAGCGGGAAGAAGUUCUUUAGACUGUUAGAAUGUUCUUCACACUAAGAAAAAAGAUCUUUUAAGAACUAAACAUGGUGGUCCUGUUGCGUUACUGUUUCACAUUAACUGAUGCACGGCUGUAGUUGUACCUAGAAGGCAGACAGACUGUCUGUGUGUGAAACUGGACACUAUAUAAACACCUACUCAGUGAGCUUGCCUACCCAUAAUGCAUUUUAAGGCAUCAUAUGUGCACACUGGGUUUUGGAGCCGAGCUUCUGACCUGGUUCUUUGAGUUCAUGCGUGACACCCUCCCAAAACUGCACUGUCGGAUAUUUAUAGCUUCUGCUUUUGCUCCUCGUGCCAAAUAUAGACAAAGAACUACAGGAGAAAGUCAGAGAUCGGGAGAGAAAAGCAGUGUACAGGAAAAGAUGAGGGAUAAAAGCAUGAUAGUUUCAUGCAGGGGUCCUGAUUACUGUCUUUUCUCUCUUUUCUUUGUUUCUCUGACUCUGAAUAGCACCAUCUGUUUGGCCCGGGGGCCUCCACUCAGCUGAGGGGGGUAAAACGACUGCGAAAGACCACUGUCUUUUUCCCACAAAAAUGCACACUCUUUAAAGGAAUAGUUCAGCCAAAAAAUAAAAUCGGCUGGAACUUAACUCGCCCUCAGGCCAUCUCAAGAUGAGUUUGUUUCUUCAUCAGAACAGAUUAGCAUGACUUGCUCACCAAUCCUCUGCAGUGAAUGGGUGCCGUCAGAAUGAGAGUCCAAACAGCUGAUGAAAACAUCACAAUAAUCCGCAAUGUGCCAGUGUUUCUCUGUGUUAGAGGACGGUGCGUUGGCUCAUAGUCUUCAAGAGCAGGAAAUUGAGCAGUUCUACAGCACCAACAUCCAGAAGAACCAGGCGGUGCAGAACGAUGUUCGUUUGGCCCGGAGGCUGCAGGAGGAAGAGGAACAGCGACCAAAUCUCCGCUGGGACCUGCAGCAGCUGCAGGACGAGGACUGCAGAUAUGCACAGAUGAUCCAGGAGGAGCUCCAGAGGUGUGCGGAGGAGGCCAGGAGGCGAGAGAAAGAGGAUGAGGAAAUCGCUAAACAGCUACAGGAAGAAGAAGAAAUGGAGAUGAGACGGCAGAGGGUUGCUGCUGGUUACAAUGACAAUGACUGUGUUUCUCCACUCUGUGAAGGUUUGGGAGUCUGGGAGCAGGUGCUUCAGGACGCCGAGCUGGCCCGUAGACUUCAGGAGGAAGAGGAUAUGCUUCCUCACAGAGAGCAGUUUCCUCAGAGCUCUGGAUCAGAGGUAGAUUUCAUUGCGGCCCAAGUAGCCCAAGAUGAGGAGAUCGCCCACUAUAUGCAGCGCCAUCAGAGAAGAGUCAAAAACCAGCCACAAGACCUAGAGAUCCAGACCAGACCCGCUGAACCAAGAGAUGAAGGAAACACCACAACCAGGAAGUCUCUUCAGAUGUUACGCGAGAGGCUGAACUCAGACGGACUGCAUUCACCUGUGGAAGAGGAAGACUAUACCAUCGAAAGCCAUCUAGCAAGCCCAUCAUGCACUGCGCUCCGAAACCAACACUUACACAAUAUUGCAGAAGAACUGGACCCAACGUUCAAGGCUAGGAAGCGCGAGAGCCAAAUUUCCACCAGCCCCCCGUCAGCAGGUCUGUGUUUGGCCCCUCGUAACCCGCACAGUAUCUUUUAUGACUAUUUACCAGAAUCCACCUUCAUACCACCAACUAAAAGGCAGAGCGACAAAGCAGGACGUCACAAAGCCAAAGACAAGAAAGAGAACUGUAAACAGCAGUGAACAUGUGACAUCUGACAUCUGAAAGUCGCAUAGUUAGUGUUGUCUUUUGAGUGUUUAAAGAAGUAUUGUAGAAUACAAUUUAUGGACACAGAUUAAUCUGAUAGACCUGAGUAACAAUUCAUGGUUUCAUCAUGUUGUUGUAUGAUGACGGCACCAAGGGAGAUGCACGUAAUUUAAGAUAAGCACUUACUUUAAAACUAUUAAAAUACAUUUUAAUAGUUCGUUCAUUAGGAGGCAAAGUUCCUUCAUUGUAUAAUAAUUAAAAACCUGUUUUAAAUGUAGAGUAGGUGAUUUCGGAGAGGCUAGCAAUAGCAAGCUAGCUUUGAAAGCAUAAGAUCCCACCCUCCCUGCAAAUCGCUCUCCAGAGCCACGCCUCCUCCAAAACACAUGACACGAUGAGAGAUAGCAUUGGUGGAGGGUUCAAUGCAUAACAUUACGAUAAUAACACCUUUCAUCCUCGGUUGAUCUGCAAUAGCGCAAUGUAACGCACUGAUGGCGUAUCAUGUCUGCGCGAACAGGGUUCAAUACAUACGUUAACAGGCAGGUAGGACAGCCUAUCGUAGUCCUCGGACCGUUUUAUGGUCCUACUCCUUCCACAGACCAUAUAAAUACCUUUAAAUACAUAUAGACCACGUAACUUAGUGAUUGCUAUCAGGAUGUGAAGAGACUUUCAACCAGAAUAUCAAAAAUGUUUUUCAACCAAAUCACUUACCCUGCCUUUAAAUGCCCGUUUUAAAGUUUUUUUCAUCUUCAGGUAUAUGUUUAGUCAUUUAAUGUACAUGCAGUGGAAUAACAUCUUUAACUAAAACAAGUAAAAAAAAAAAAAAAAAAUGGAAAAGAUGAAGACACCAUAGAUCUUUUAUUUUAUGUGUGUAUAAGGGAUGUAAUGCCUUCUUUCUGCUAUUUUUGUGUUGUAACAUACGAUCGCCUUAUUUCAGCAUUUUCCAAGGGUUUUAGUGCGCAUUUGUUUUGUAAAUGUGUGUUCCUCAUUUUCAAUUCUAAAAAAAGAACAGCAAGUCUGUUUACACUGAACUUCAGAUGAAUAUUUCCCAAUCAUAUCAGAGGUCAGAAAAGACCCUGAGAAGCCUUUUACCAGAAUGUGAAGAUUCAGGGCUUUUGCAGUUGGAAAUUUUGUGGAUUUGAAUGAAUGCUAUGCAGGGGAAUUCUGAUGAUGUUGAAAUAAAAUAUCAAACACCGUCACAUCCCACAAUAUUUCAGUGCAGAGGUCUCUGCACCCCCCACACAUACUUUAACCUUUUUGCAUGUGCAGCGUGGCGAUGACAUCAGCCACAUGAACGCCUCUCUGUUCUGAAAGACUAAAGAUCAAAUGAACCCAUGCUGAGUCUAGACAUCUCAUAUUUGAGGAUUUCUGUUUUGUUUUGGGGGUUUUUUGUAUUGUGUGUUAACAUCUUACAUAUUUUCAUAAUAAAAGUCAUCUGAGCAUGAAUGCCUCUUUUCUUAAAGGAAAAGUGGGCAACUGAACUUGUAUGAAGUUCAGAGGUCUCAUAUUUGAGUUUUUUUCUUUGUAACAGUUUACGUGUUUUCAUAAGUCACUUGAGCACAUUUCCAGACUGACCACCUCUUUUCUGAAAGUCUAAAGAGCUACUGAACUCCUACUGAGUUUGCAGGUCUCAUAUUUGAGGACUUUAUUUCUUUUGUAUAAUGUGUGUUAACAUAACGUUUUCAAAAUAAAAGUCAUCUGAGCACA